AUGCCGCCAAGACGUAAUGUAAGGAAUGGGAACCGGGCGCCUACACCUCAGACGACGGUAGACGAGAUUGUAGCGCAAACAACGCCACAACCACCUUCACCACCUCCUCCGCCUCAAGUAGACCGAGAAAUUGUGAAGUUGUUCCUGAAACAAAAACCACCUGUCUUCGAUGGAAUGGGAAAGUCGGAAAACGCUGAAAGUUGGAUACGCGCAUUAGAGCGUAUUUUCACGAUUCUAAUGUGCAACGAUGCAGAACGAAUGACUUGUGUGACCUACCAAUUAACUAGGUUAGCUGACUUCUGGUGGGAUACCAAGAUGAAGACCAUGCCACGAGAUCAAGUGGGUAGAAUAACUUGGGAGAAUUUCAAGGAGGCAAUAUAUAACAAGUACGUGCCAAAGAGCUACCGAAAGGCGAAGGCGGCUAAGUUUUAUAACUUAACCCAAGGGCGCAUGUCGGUGACUUAA